GGAGCAUCCUCUACUUUCCUUUCUUUUACAAUAAUUGCAUAAUUGUCCCUUUCUUGUCUCAAUUAAAUGGUAAGGCUCUCCUUAAUGACUUUGGCAUACCACGACAAGAACCACAAACUCUCAAUACUCUUCCUCUUCUUCUUACAAGUCUUCUACUAUAGUACUAUUAUUCCUUCGAUAUUUCCAAACUUUCAAGAAACAUGGCACAAGAAGAAGAAGAAAUUGUCCUUUUAGAUUACUUGCCUAGUCCUUUUGGAACAAUGGCAAGAAUUGCCCUUGUUGAGAAGGGAAUCAACUUUAUCCACAAGUUUGAAGAUUUGUCCAAUAAAAGUCCUUUGCUUUUGGAAAUGAAUCCGGUUCAUCACAAAGUGCCGGUUCUUAUUCAUAAGGGUAAAUCUAUUUGUGAAUCACAUAUUAUUAUUCAGUAUAUUGAUGAGAUCUGGAAAAACAAUUUUACCUUAUUGCCCUCUGAGCCUUACCAAAGAGCUAAAGCUAGGUUCUUGGUUGACUUCAUCAAUAAGAAGGUACAUGAGUCAAGUGUAAAGGUAUGGAUGGGGGCAAAUGAAGAGCAAGAAAAUGGUAAGAAAGAACUUGUAGAAUGGUCCAAGUUUUUGGAAGGAGAACUCGGAGACAAACUUUAUUUUGGAGGAGAUGUAUUUGGAUUUGUAGACAUUGCCCUUGUUCCUUUCUACAAUUGGUUCAUUGUCUUCAAGAUCUUUGCAAAUUUCAAUAUAAGUGAAUGUCCCAAGCUAGUGAUGUGGGGAGAAAGGUGUUUGAAUAGAGACUCUGUAUCCAAGUCACUUCCUACUUCAGACCAAGUCUAUCAAGCUUAUUUGGAAUUCAAAAAAGGUUGGUCCACAUGAUUAAUAACUGUAGAGACGGAUUCAAAAUUUGAUCUUGGUGAGAAGUUCUAAUGGUUAAUAUCUUUUUUUUUUUUUUUUGGGUUUUGAAUUUUCAUUCGGUGUCCGGUACAUACAUUUGAGUCCGACUAAAUCCAAAUUUGCAUUGAGAAGUCCCACAUUGGGGGGUAAAGUGUUCUUUAACAAAGACGACUUCGUAUUUAAGGGGAUUUGAAUCUGAGACUUCUUGAUUAAGGAUGAAGGAACUCCACCACAACCUUCUUGGUGGUUAACAUCUUCAUUAUCUCAUGUCUAUGUAUCAUGUUUUUUAUUUUUGUUUUCUUUAUUAAUAUUAAGCUCGAAUUUCAAAUAUCACGUUUGUGGGCAUGUAUAUUGAAAUCUCGAUUCUCUUUGUCACUACAA